CGACGAUUUCGUUUUUCUAUUCGUUUAUCUAUGCGGGUGUUUGCACAAAUACAGAUGCUUUGCGAAUGAUGUGUUAACAAAUAUUUUGCAAUGUUUGAGCAUUCUGCUUACGAAUUUACCGAGCAAUCUUUCUAUAUGCUAAACAUCUGUACUUAGUUUACAGAAAAAUUGCAAUCUCGCACAUUUGACAACUAAAUAUGGAAGAAUGCAAAUUACUUGCAGAGCAGAUGACAUGCUAAUGUAAAAGACUUAGCAGUAAUUUUGAAUAUUGAAAGCUGGUCAUAGAUUAAUACAUUUCAACAUGGAAGUAACAGCUAAAUCGCCAUUAACACCAAGAGGUUUAUCCUGUUUGGCUUUUGGACGCGCUAUUUCCUCCAUCGCGGCAGAAUUUCUAUUGAUCAAAUAUUUAAAGGGAUAAUCCCAACCUGACUAGAAUAGAUCAAUCUGGCGAGUGUUGAAUAAGAAUAAAUUGGAGAGAAAUCGCAGCAUCGAGGUUAUUGGAACAAGACAAGUGACAUGAGAAGAAGGGAAUUCAGACACUGAAAACUUCAGUAAAUUCUUUCACUCUUCGUGGGGUCAUUUCUAAACGCGAAGCCCGAACACUGAACAUUGUUUAUUAUAGACUCCAGAACCAAAAUACACAACGAGAAACGGCUAUUGUCGACACUUUUGAGCACUGGUCCUCCAUCACGGCAAUGUGUGAUUAUCGUUAACAAAGAGCCUGUGUUCAAGAUACAGGUAAAUUUCCACAAGCAUCUAGUAUUUGAUCAACUCUCAAAGGCAUCUAGCUUACUGAAAACUUCAAAGGUAGAUUUUUGUCAGUUCAAGAAGACAACUUAAUGAGGGCGGUUAACACGUUCCAGCACUUCUACCAAAUGGAGAUGGAUAGUGAUGCUCACUACAUGGGUAAUGAUACCAAAAUGACUUCAGCGCUUCGAGUUUGGUGCGUGUAUACAUCGUUAGGUUACGAAAAAUCUCGCAUAUUCAAGAUCAACUUGUUAACUGUUGCCGUUAUGAAUAGUAUAUUUGCAGUAUCUGCAAUAAUCCUCAACGCUUUGGUACUGACGGCAUUUCUUCGAAAUCGCAAUAUUCUAAAAGGCUCUAAUAUCAUUCUUUUUGGGCUAUGCAUAGCUGACUUCGUCAGUGGCGUCAUUGUACAAGUUCCUAUUUCCGUUGUUCUCUUCAUGGUUUUCGCUCGUGGAAACGAAGGCAUGGAUUGCAUUUUAUUAACCUUUGCCUCAAUUUCAGGAUAUAUAUUUGUUGGGAUCUCUCUUUUGACAGUUUCGUUUGUUUCUCUCGAAAGAUUUAUCUCAAUAUUUUACCCGUACGUUUAUGAGCGCGUCUUUACGAAAAGUACAAUGGUGUUCGGUUCUAUUCUCAUCUGGUCUGCGAUGAUAGUUCUGAACUUAUACUGCUUUUUCGCGCAAGAGAGGAUGGCAUUUUAUGUAGUCCAGAGCGCCGUUAUAUCUUUAACAUACGUAUGGACAAUUAUUGUCUACUUCAAGAUUUUGAAGCAAGUACGUAAAAUAACGAAAGCGGAGGCAGAACUUACGCGGCGCUUUCAGAAGAAAGAGGCCGAAAGAGAGCUGAAGGCGAAUCGCAUUGUCAGGUUCGUGAUCCUGUCUCUUUUGACUUGCUAUUCAUUGCAAGUAGUUGUUGCCAUGUUUCAAUCACUGGGCGGCAAUAUACGCGUUAUCGACAAUUACGUGUAUUUUUGGUCGUUUACGUUUGGGAUCGUCAAUUGUAGCCUUAAUCCGUUGAUCUACUGUUAUUGUAACUCGGAAAUCCGUAAAAAGGUUUACGAGUUGAUUCGAUUUGCAAAAAGAGGCAUCGAAACUUCAAGUGAGACUUUCAGGCCUACACAUAACCAAGAACCAGUCGGAAACAAUUGAGGCCCGGAGUAUUAUUAUGGGAUUGUAUCUUCAGCACAAGUCCAAAUAUCAUCGCAGUUUAUGGCGACAUAUUGGAAGACACACAACAAACUUGUGCAAUUUAGCAGAAUUUUAACAGCACUUGACACGUAAUUCAAAUGAUAUUGACAUUUGUCCACCUUCGUGACAAUGAAUGGAAGAUGAAUGCAUGACUGUUAGUUGCUCAUUACUUAACUUCAGAUGCAGCUGAGGAAAUGAUCAUUUACUGAAAGGGGAAACGAACAGUGUACACAUUUACUUGAGCCUUUGGACAAAGUUUCAUGUUUACCAUUUAUUCGAGAGACUUUAAUAUCAUAUAAAAUAUUUUCGUAACUAGCUACAAAAUAUAUCACAUUAUAUAGAAAGCUUUAAAUCUAUCUCAAAUAAAGCUUUCAUUUAACCAUUGAGGAGUUGGCAACUUAUUUUUGUUUAAAAUUGAUUAUCACUAUAACUGUAAUCAAUAACAGCCUACUUUGAUGUAUUCAACGAAGAAAGCUGCAAAAAAUAAUAUUCUCAUUACUUUGCGAGAGGAAAUGACAGCUGUUCCAUUUCUAGCAUUGUACUAAGGCAUCGCUUUUACUAUUGAAUGGUUCAUUCAUAAACUGCCAGUGAAUUGUAAAUCAUUAGGCCCUGUGAAAGUAAUAUUACACUAUGGUCAUGGAAAUUGCAAUAGCUAUACCAUAUAACAAUAGUUUGUGAUACAGAUGCAGUUAUAAAUGAAAUUGCAAGAUAGCUUUUGUCACACAGAAUUUGAGCCUUAAGUGUAUUUUAAUAUGCCAGUAGUCGAAAAUUGGGACACUCGUCCGUGUGUCAUUGAAUGACUGAGAUCGAAAGAGAGAAAGUAAAAACAAGCAGAGAAAGGGCAAAGACAGCGUUAGUUUUAAGGGGCCAGGGGUGUACACAGAUGCAGAAAGUGUUACCUUAAACAAACUUGACAAAGACGACAAAUAGCCGAUAUCAAAAUUAAAAAAAUCUUAAGAUGAAGGCCCGACUGAAUUUUUACUACAGUUAUUCUUUAAUCUUAGGUUUUUUACUUGAUUUGGUGUUCGCAAUUGAAAUUCCUUUAUUUUUACCGAACGAUUCCUACAUUCUGCGAAAAAUUAUUUCAGAUGGUCGACUUUCUUAUAACACAACAAUAUUGAAAUCACAUCACCACAAAACAAAUUUACAAUACCACAAUAUGGUAACAAAACGACGUAAGAGUAACCCCCGCUGGAGAUCUGAACAAUUUAUAGUGAUUUGUAUGCGGCACAAUUCCAUAAAAUGCAGAAUCUAGCUGUAGAAAGUUUCAUUGCCCAUUCAGCAAAAUAAUAAAGCUGGUUCGCGAUAAGAAUAACAAAAUCAACAUCAAUUUAAUUUUUGUAGAAGCGAUCAAUGGUGGCAUCAAAGGCAAGUCACUUUUGAUUAGGGAGUUAAUUAGCCCCUCCCCCAAAGUGUAAAAAUAUUCGUUAUUCUCCUUAAAAUUGAUAAAUGAGCGUUUUGAAGGAUUAGAUAUCUGGGGUAACCAGAAUUUUUAGAAGGGAAUAGCAUGGAAAUGAUGCACCAAGAGGGUCUUUUUCUAAUAUUCAAGGGUUUCACGCCAAAAUAAAGUAAAUCGAAAAACUUCACAGAGGAGUAAGAUCAGAAAGAGAUGAAUUAGAA